CCCUACUCACAGCCAUCGUCAUUCCUUCUCAGGACAGUACAUACCCGCGUGUGCAAGAGACGUCCAGAGCAGAUCCCGAAAAUCCUGUCGAAAUUUAAGUUUUCAGUUGGUGUGAAAGACUGAAGACGAGACAACCAUGGCGAAUUUGUCCCUCCUGAUAUGUGUGAUGCUGGCUGCAGCCCUGCUGGGCGAAGGUCAGGCAUUUGAACAAUGCGGUCAGAAAGGGUCCGUAAGCCGACGUCGGCGUGACGGCGACAACCGCAUCGUCAACGGCCAGGACGCCGGUCACGGCGAGUUCCCGUGGCAGAUUUCUCUCCAGUACUCCCCCUUUUUCCUAAUCCCGAAACAGCACCUCUGUGGAGGUACCCUCAUUGCAAAAAACUGGGUCCUGUCCGCAGCUCACUGCUUCAUGCAAAGUAAGACCGCCAGUAAUUACGGGUGGUGUAAUUCCACCUAG